AUGGCGGCGAUGGCGGCAGGAGGUGGCGCACCGGGAGGCAAGAGGGCGAAUGCCAGACUGCCACCAGAGGUGGGAAGGAUCGUCUUCGUCAAGAAUCUCCCCUUCAAGAUCACACCGGACGAAAUGUACGACAUCUUCGGCAAAUUCGGCGCCAUUCGCCAGAUCAGACUG